AUGAAGCUCCCUAUCCUCUACCUUGCGUCUCUUGCGCCCUUGGUCGCCGCCCACUUCGAGCUCAAGUAUCCUACCAGCCGUGAUGGAUCUGAAGAGCAGAUGACCCAAUUCCCCUGCGGCGGAGCUGCCCAGUCCAGCAACCGUACGCAGGUCUCGAUUUCCGCCGGUUCUUUUCCCGUCGCAUUGUCCAUGGGUCAUUCCCAGACUGCUGUCGAGGUUCUCCUGGCACUGGGUUCCGAUCCCGGAACCAACUACAACAUUACUCUUCAUCAGACCUUUGAAAUCCAGGGAUUGGGUGCUUUCUGCCUUCCGCACAUCAAGUUUGAUGAAUCCAUCCUUGGCACCAACAUCACCGAUGGAAUGAACGCAACUGUCCAGGUCCAGAGCAAUGGUGAUCCCACCGGAGGUCUUUACGCUUGCGCCGACAUUCAGUUCUCCUCCACCGUCUCCUACGAAGAACCGUCCUCCUGCUCGAACAACACCGGUGUGACUGCUGUGGCUUUUACUGGAGCUGCGGCCGAACGCAACGCCAAUGAAUCCACUGCCUCUGGAGAAGCACAGAGCAGCUCCUCUUCUAGCACCUCUUCGGGCAGCUCAAGCACAUCUACCUCCACUGGCGGUGCUGUUGCUUUGGAGACUGCUGCAUGGGGUAUGCUGGGCGCUGCAGUUGUUGGUGGAAUGGCUCUGUUGUAA